AACUAGGUCAUCGAACCUGGAGAAAUUUUGACACACAUCAUGCAUGUCAUUACGUUUGUAGCUAAGUUAAUCGACUAAAAUGGCAGAAGAAGCGAAACCCAAAGCAAGAGUAGUGUUGAUAGCGAUGGAUGGCAGUGACUAUGCUAAAUACGCAUAUCAAUGGUACUUGGAUCACAUUCACAAGGACGAUGAUAACAUAACAAUGUUAUAUUCUGCAGAGUUUACACAUAGCGCCCAGUUAACAUCUUGGAUGUAUGCACCAUAUGCCUUCGACAGGGACACACUUGCUAACUUAUUAGAUCAAGAAGCACAAACUUUAAGGCAUAAGUUAGAGGAAUAUGCUCAGAUGAUGAGAGAAACAAAGGUGCAUGGUACGGUCAAGAGUAUCCAUGCCGAGAGACCAGGAGAAGGAAUUGUAAAAGCAGCGGAGGAGGCCCAUGCUGAUCUUGUCAUUGUUGGGAGUAGAGGUCAUGGUAAGGUCAGAAGAACCUUACUAGGAAGCGUUAGUGACUAUGUAUUACACCAUUCGCACGUGCCAGUUAUCGUCUGCCGUCAUAAAGAUGAUCACCAUCACCAUGGACACCAUGAUAAAGAACACACUGAAGAACACAAACACUAAUAUGAAAUAUUUUAUUAUUAUACGAAUUUACCUCUGUAGGGGUUGUGGGAAAUGGCUCAGUAUUUAAUAUAUUAAGCAAUGCGU